AUGGAUCAGUUCCAUGGAUUGUUUGUCAAACUUGACCAGAACAAGGAUGGGUUCAUAUCGGUGGCAGAACUCCUAGAAGAAAUGAGGAAACAUGGGAUUGUCUCAGCAGAUGGAAAGGCCCAGAAUAUUAUCAGUUCUUACGACAAAGAUGAAGAUGGCCGGCUGGAUUAUAAAGAGUUUCUCAGCUACAUGAGAGACAGAGAGAAAAAAUGGAGAAUUCACUUUCAUGACCUUGACAAGAACAAUUGUGGCGUGAUUGACCAGGAGGACAUCAUAAGUUUGUUUAAGGAGCUGGGAGUGGUCAUUUCAAAGCCAAACGCAAACAAAAUCAUACAAAUGAUGGACAAGGACAGCUCCAUGACGGUGGACUGGGAUGAGUUUCUGCACCACAUCGUCCUAAACCCUGUGGACAACAUUGGAGAGCUCGUGUCCUCGUGGAAACACAGUUUGGUGUUUGACGUGGGAGAGAGUCGAGCGAUGCCCAUCGAGUUCCCCGACGAUGUGUCUGGUUUUGGUGCUUGGAGGACAUUUGUCCUGGCAUCGGGUCUUGCUGAUGCUGUGUCUAGAACUGCAACGGCACCCAUAGACCGUCUGAAAACCCAGCUCCAGGUUCAAGGAUCCGGGGCCUUUUCCCAAGGCUUCCAGGAGCUGAAGGCAGGCGGUUUGCGCUCCAUGUGGCAAGGCAACGCUGUCAACGUCCUGAAAGGAACGCCACAGUCCACGCUGCAGUGUCUCAUCUAUGCGCAGAUGAAGGUUUACACCCAGAACCGAAGUCAGGAGACCCUUACAGUGCAGCAGCGUUUUGGCUUGGGUUGCAUCUCUGGAACUGUUGCUCACGCCGUCUUUUACCCCUUAGAGGUGUUGAAGGUGAGGCUGAACCUGCAGCAGGCCGGCACGUACCACGGUGUUGUGGCGUGUGCUCGGUCCAUUUACAGACACGAGACUUUGUCCUCCUUUUACAGAGGUUUCAAACCCAGCAUCCUCUGUAUGAUUCCCUACGCUGGUGUGGAGUGUGCAGUUCAUCAGUCCAUUAUGAACUGGGCGAGGAGCCAGCCCAACUACAACAGUGACUACAAACUGUUUUUCUUCAGUUUUGUGGCAUUUGCCUGUGGACAAAUCAGCAGUUAUCCGCUGGCGGUGAUCCGAACUCAGCAGCAAUCUCAGGCUUUCAGCUCAGGGUUACAUCCAGCCUCGGGCGUCUUACCAGGACUUACUGAGAUAUACGAGCGAAAUGGAUUCAGAGGAUACUUCAAUGGCAUGGGAGCCAGCUUCGUCAGAGCUAUUCCAUGUGCGCUGAUUAACUACACUCUCACGAAAAAAUUUGAAAUUUUGUUUUCUUCCACUGAGUCUUGA